AUGUACCUCAGAUACCUCGUCCUCACUGCCCUCCAGGGGACAUGGCUAGAUGCCAUGGGCCAGACCACCGUGACUCAGAAAGACGGUCUAGUCACAGUGGAGGAGAGAGGCACUUUCCAGACCACCUGCAACUAUCAGACGUCUAGAUUUUAUGGCUUUUUCUGGUACCAGCAGAGGAGAGGUCAAGCUCCACAGCUGAUCUUGUAUCAGGCAAGAGAUGGCCCCAAGGAGAGUGGCCGAUUCACCGCAUUGCUGAAACGUCAUUGGAAAUUGAGUGUGGUGCGACUGGAGGAAGUCCAGGUCUCUGACACUGCCUUAUACCUCUGUGCUGUGCAAGACACCCUGGUGCGGGAAGCUUCCUUGGCUGUGCAAAAAGCUGAGAGCAGCCUUGAUGAUACCGCGCCAAGGUACCGCUCUGGCCCGGCAGACCACGACACCGGCACCGACACCAAUAACGGGGCCGGCGCCGGGCCAGGGCGCAGCCCCGGGGCGGAGCUGGCGGCGGCGGCCGAGAGGAGGCGGCGGCGCCGCAGCAGAGUCGCUGCUGCAGCUGCUGGCAAAGCCCAGAUCCAGCAGGAGCCAUCGGCAGAGACCACUGAGGGCAAAGCCGUCAACAUCACCUGCUCACACCCCAACAUUCAGUCCUACGACUACAUCCAGUGGUACUGCCAGCUCCCAGGACGAGGUCCGACAUUCAUCGGGAGCACUUUAAAAGACUCCAAGGCUGUGUCGGAGCCGGCAGGGACUCUGCUUGUGGGUGCAGACCGUCGCUCCAGUGCCUUGCAUCUCUCCCAGCCCCGCUGGCGGGACGCUGCCUUGUAUUACUGUGCUGUGAGAGACACA